AUGACCGUGGCGGAGAGGGUUGGCAAAGUUCAACCCAGCGCGCAGGAGGGGGGUUCAUGUGGAGAGAGCCUUCAGAGGAUUAUGGCUGACAAAGAAACUAUAGUGAAGAUUUCAGCCACUGGAAACUUAAUCCAGUGUUCAGCUGCCAUAGACAUCCUCCUGCUCAUCGAUGGUUCUUACAGCAUUGGGAAAGGGAGCUUUGAACGCUCUAAACAUUUUGCCGUGAAGAUGGCGGAUGUGUUGGACAUCAACCCAGACAGGGUUCGAAUAGGCGCCAUACAAUACAGCUCUAAACCAAAAAUAGAGUUUGCGCUGAAUGAUUAUCCCACACGGGAGGAAGCUAAAGAGGCCAUCAAAAAUAUUCGCUUCCGAGGGGGCAGCACAGAGAGCGGGAAAGCCAUAAAGCACGUGCUGAGGAAAGGCUUUCCAGGCGGGAGACGUGACACGUCCAGGAUCCUCAUCAUUCUCACCGACGGCAAGUCCCAGGACAACAUCAAGGCCUCCGCCGUGUUUGCCCGGAAGAGCGGGAUCAAACUGUUUGCGGUGGGGAUCAGGCACCCCAAAUGGGAUGUCCUGCACGCAGUGGCCAGCGAGCCUAGCGAUAUGUAUGUUUUCUUCGCCGAACACUACAACGAUGCCGUCAAUGGGCUCAUCACUACGCUGACCCAGAUAGCUGUCUGCAAUGACAUUCCCUCAGGGUGUAGAGUGGAGUCCCGUGCCUGUCUCAGGACCACUGUGGAAGCCCACAAGGUGUACCAGGGGAACCACAUGUGCUGGAAGAGGAAAAGCCACACCCUUCAUGCCACGCCCAUGGCCGGCAUAUGCCCUUACUACAGAUGGAAACGUACCAACAUCACGAUGCAAACCCAAUGUCACAGGACCCUGUGUCCAGACCCUUGUGACUCCAACCCCUGUCAGAACGGAGGCACCUGCAUCACGGAGAGCGUGGAGGACUUCAGCUGCCUCUGUCCUCUGGGGUACGGGGGAGACCAGCACUGUGUUCCCGCAGGCCUGGUGGACUGCGCUGUGGACCUGCUCUUCCUGGUCGAUGGCUCGUGGAGCAUGGGCCUGGAGGACUUCCUCCUGGCCAAGGACUUCAUCAAGAGGGUGGCCCAGACCAUCUCCACCUCCGCCGCCAAGAUCCUGGUGGCCGUGGCCCAGUAUGGGGACCAGGUCGUCAUGGAGAUCCCCAUCGGACGCCACAGCAGGCUCUCGGAGCUGAUGAGGGCCAUCGACGACAUCGGUUUCAGAGGGGGGAACGCCAUGACAGGGAACGCCCUGAGGCACGUGGCGGAGAACGCCUUCAGGGGCGCGGGGGGAUACAGGAUGGAGGUGCCCCAUGUGUUGGUGCUCCUGUCCAACUCCAAGCCCCGUGACGUGGUGGCGGCAGUGGCGGACGGCGCCCGGCAGAGAGAGAUCUUCAUCCUGGCGGUGAGCAGCAGCCGGCUGCAGGAGGACAUGGCCCGCAUUACAGGGGACCCUGACCUGGUCUUCACCUACACACACAUACCGGAGCUUCACAGCAAAGUGCAGGAGCUCCGAACCAAGAUCUGUGGGAUCAACACGCCAGGCUGCCACUCCAAAUCUCUGGACCUGGUGUUCCUGUUGGACGCGUCCGGCAACGUGGCGCGGCACGACUUUCUGCAGAUCAAAGGCUUCGUGCGAGGCGUCAUCUCGCAGUUCGACAUCGACGCCGACCUCACCCAGGUGGCGCUGGUGAUCUACGGGGAGAGGCCCCGCACAGUGUUCGGCCUGAACGCUCUCGACAGCGAGGGGAAGAUGAGGAAGGCCGUCAGCCUGGCCCCAUACUUGGGCAGGAACGGCCACACGGGGCGGGCCCUGCUCCAUGUCCUUGAGGACACGCUGAGCGUCCAGGGCGGGGCCCGGCCCGGGGUCCACAAGGUGGUGGUGGUGAUAACGGAUGGCCGGAGCGCUGAUGAUGUCACCAUGGCUGCAGACGAGCUGAGGGAGAGCGGGAUUACGGUCCUGGCCAUGGGCCCCGGCGCUGGCCAAUCAGAGGCCCUGCUGAGGAUAGCCGGCAUCCCUCGGUUCAUGAUCCCUGUGCCCUCAUACGAUGACCUGAAGCACUAUGCCACCAACUUAGUGAACAAGAUCUGCAAAGACAUCCGGCCGUCGGCCAACUUGUGCGUCCCAAACCCGUGUCGGAACGGAGGGGUGUGUGUGCAGGAGAACAGGAGCUACAGCUGCCAGUGUGUGGGCUGGGGGGGUGCGCACUGCGAGAGACGGAUCAGUGGUCCUGGUCCCGCUUAA